AUGUCUUGUCCCCCAGAUUUGGAAAAGUCGAGCCACCAUACAGACUCGCCCAGCCAUGACGGACGCCAGAGAAGCCAAGAAGAAAUUCGAUUUGCAAAAGGGGAAGACCCAAAGUCCUUUAGUCCGCUCUAUAAGGCGUUUGUCACGUGGGAAAUGAGUAUGCUCGCCUUCGUCGGCUCUCUAGGUUCAUCUAUCAUGUCACCCGCACAGGCGGACAUGGCGAUGUAUCUGAAUAUCAGUGAGCAAGCUACAGUUUUGAGCUUGUCACUCUUUGUUCUUGGAUACGCAUUUGGCCCGCUGAUCUGGGCACCGAUAAGCGAGGUUUACGGUCGACGACUAUCCAUGCUUCCAGCUGUCUUCGGACUGUGCAUUCUGAGUAUCGGAACCGCUGUGAGCAAAGAGCCGGCUAGUGUGUUCAUUACGCGAUUUAUCGGGGGUGUUUUUGGCUCGGCGCCCAUCAGCAAUGUGUCUGCGGCGCUAGGUGAUAUUUAUGAUCCCCGCGUGAGAGGAGUACCUAUGGCCUUCUAUGCCCUUUGUGUGAUUGGAGGGCCCACUCUUGCACCAAUUGUUGGUGCAGCAUUAACCGCCAAUCCUCACCUUGGAUGGCGAUGGACUGAGUAUCUGGAAGCCAUCAUCGGAUUUGCCGUCUUAAUCACUACGGUAUUUUUUCUACCUGAAACAUAUGCCCCGGUUCUCCUCCGAAGAAAGGCUCAGUUGAUGCGAAAGAAAACCGGUGACCCGAGCUACUGGCAUGCAUCUGAAAGAAACAAGAUGGAUUUGAAAACAACUAUUACGAAGCAAUUAAGUCGUCCUUUGCAAAUGUUCUUUUUAGAGCCAAUGGUGUUCACAAUUGCCUUAUAUGCCUCUCUGGUUUACGGGAUACUAUUCUUGACUCUCGAAGUCUUUCCCAUUGUCUUUAAAGAGAAACGCCAUUGGAGCCCUGUAAUUUCUACUCUUCCAUUCUUGGGCUUACUAGUCGGUGUCAUCUUCGCACUUGCAGUCAACAUUGUCAGUCAGCCAUAUUAUGCCCGUACGGUUGCAAAAAACAACGGCAAGGCGGUUCCAGAAGCGCGUUUGCCGCCAAUGAUAAUUGGAGGUUGUCUUUUCUCGAUAGGGCUCUUCUGGUUUGGAUGGACUGCAGACCCAAAAAUUGCGUGGGAGUCGCCUAUAAUCGCCGCCGGAUUCAUUGGUGCCGGGUUCAAUAUUGUUUUCCAACAAUGCCUCAAUUUCUUGGUCGAUACUUACGGUCAAUAUGCUGCAAGUGCCGUGGCAGCAAACAACCUCCUUCGUUGCUUAAUGGCUUGUGGCCUGCCAUUGGCGGCGAGACCCAUGUUUCUGGCAUUGGGAGUGGGACCCGCAUCGAGCAUACUCGGUGGAAUAUCGAUUCUGGCCUUGCCUGUUCCCUUUUUGUUCAUGAAAUAUAGUGCUGUACUUCGCAAAAGAUCGAAGUUCAUUGUUUCAUGA